CCACUGCCUUUUCACACUUGUCUCCACCGUUAAACUGCAAAACCCAUUUCUCAUUUCCCCCAAAUCUCUCCAAUUUGGAUUUACUUUGUGCGUAAAACCCUUAAUUUCGCAUUUUUACGCAUCCGAUCUUGCAGUUCGAAACUCGAGUUCAACUUCAAUUGAGGUAGAUUUCGAGAAAAAGUUGAAGAAUUUCGGAACAAGUAAGGUUUUAACGGUGGAAUUGGGGAGUCUUGAAGCUUAUUUUUUACUCCUGGUCUCUUUUUCUUAUGUGGUGGUGCUUGAGAGGGUUUGUGUAUGAUAUAAAUGCUCUAGAUCAGAGAAAAGGUCUAACAUGAAGUUAUCAAAUAUUCCGCAACGCUAUGUGAUAGUUUUCUUAACUUUCCUCAGCACCUGCGUUUGUUACAUAGAGCGUGUUGGCUUCUCUAUUGCAUAUACCGUUGCUGCAGAUGCUGCUGGGAUCAAUCAAUCAAGCAAAGGAACUAUACUCUCUACAUUCUUUGUUGGCUAUGCUUGUUCUCAAGUUCCUGGAGGUUGGGCAGCUCAGAAAAUUGGGGGAAGGAAAGUUCUUCUUCUGUCAUUUGUUUUAUGGUCAUCGACGUGUUUCUUGGUUCCGCUUGAUCCAAACAGAGUCGGGCUUUUGGUUUUUGCCCGUUUACUUGUUGGUGUUGCUCAAGGUUUCAUCUUUCCCUCUAUCCACACAGUUUUGGCUCAGUGGGUUCCUCCUCAUGAAAGGUCUAGAUUGGUUUCAAUAACAACAUCGGGAAUGUAUUUAGGUGCAGCUUUAGGAAUGUGGCUUCUCCCUGCUUUAGUUGAGCUUAGAGGUCCGGAAUCAGUUUUCUUAGCAGAGGCAUUAGCAGGUGUUAUAUGGUCAUUGCUUUGGAUUAGGUACGCUACUGACCCACCUCGAUCUGAGCAUCCGAAAGCCGCCGCUGCUGGAUUUGGAGGUGCUCUUUUACCGACUAAUGUAAACCACCAUAAAGUUACUCAUAUCCCGUGGAAGAAAAUCAUGCUCAGUUUACCCGUUUGGGCGAUCGUGGUUAACAAUUUCACAUUCCAUUAUGCUUUAUACGUGUUGAUGAACUGGCUUCCAACGUAUUUCGAGCUUGGACUCCAGAUCAGUCUUCAGGGGAUGGAUUCAUCAAAGAUGGUGCCAUACCUCAACAUGUUUGUAUUCUCCAUUGUUGGUGGGUUCAUCGCAGACUAUUUGAUCACCAAGAGAAUACUCUCGGUAACCAGAACCCGCAAGUUCUUGAACACGGUUGGGUUCCUAAUUGCAUCAGCGGCAUUGAUGGUCUUGCCUCUCUUUAGAACUGAAAAUGGUGUGAUCUUAUGUUCCUCUGUGGCUCUUGGGUUUUUAGCAUUAGGAAGAGCUGGUUUUGCGGUAAACCAUAUGGAUAUUGCUCCAAGAUAUGCAGGAAUAGUGAUGGGAGUUUCAAAUACUGCUGGGACAUUAGCUGGAAUCAUUGGUGUUGAUUUGACUGGAAAGCUUCUUGAAGCUUCUAAAUUGGUUUACUCAGAUUUGUCACAUCCUGAGAGCUGGAGAGUUGUGUUCUUCAUCCCGGGUUUGCUCUGUAUCUUUAGCUCCGUUGUGUUUUUGCUGUUUUCUACAGGAGAAAGGAUCUUUGAUUGAGAAAAGAAAAAGAACAAAACUUUUAGAGAAACCCUUAUCAAGAUUAGUUAGUAAAAGCCUCUACAUUUUGAAUCCUGAAUUGAAGAUCGAUCGGUAAUCGCGGAAUUUUUGGAGGGAAAUGUUGUUGUGUGCAGUAAUGAUCUUUGAUUGAUGGUUUUGAAAUCUUGUCCUCAGGCUUAUAUUGGUAUUCUUUGUUUUUGGUGAAUAAACUUGAAUCACACCA